AUGGCUCAAACCGAAAAGUCACCUGGAGAGCGCAAGCUCGCCACAGAAGCCCAUGUCAGAUACAUCCAAAGCUUAGACACGCGACGGGAUGAGCUGGACUACUGGUUGACGGAGCAUUUACGUCUCAACGGUGUGUAUUGGGGCUUGACAUCGCUCCAUCUAUUGGGACGACCAGAGGCCCUCCCGCGCCAAGAAACCAUCGACUUUGUGCUCUCAUGCCAGCAUGAAAAUGGGGGGUUUGGAGCUGCUCCAGGUCACGACGCCCAUAUGCUAUCCACAGUAAGUGCCGUGCAGAUUCUUGCCAUGGUGAAUGCUUUCGACGAACUCGAAAGCCGAGGCUCCGGCAAAGCCACCGUCGGCAAAUUCAUUGCAGACCUGCAGGACCGGGAAUCGGGAACCUUUUACGGCGACGAAUGGGGCGAGGAUGACACGCGCUUUCUCUACGGUGCACUGAACGCCUUAUCGCUCCUUGGCCUCUUGUCCCUUGUCGACGUGAACAAGGCGGCUUCUUAUAUAGCGUCGUGCGCCAACUUCGAUGGGGGCUACGGCGUGCGCCCGGGUGCCGAGUCGCACUCGGGCCAAAUCUUCACCUGCCUGGCGGCGUUGAGCAUUGCUGGACGGCUGGACCUUGUCAACGAGGAAAAGCUUGGCAGGUGGUUGAGCGAGAGGCAAACUCCGGGAGGCGGCCUCAACGGCCGGCCAGAGAAGACCGAAGAUGUGUGUUACAGCUGGUGGGUGCUGAGCAGUCUCGCCAUCAUCCGCCGGACGCACUGGAUCGACCGUGACGCUCUCGUGCAGUUCAUUCUCCAAAGUCAAGAUGCCGAAUUGGGUGGCAUAUCCGACAGACCUGGCGACAUGGUGGACGUUUGGCAUACGUGCUUCGGUCUUGCAGGACUCAGCCUGCUCGGCUACCCUGGCUUGGAGUCGGUUGAUCCCGUAUACUGCAUGCCAAAACGAACCAUUGAACGGCUAGUCGGCGCCGGUGGUGCUGCGAUAGCUCAACGUGAUUGA